CAUCAUCGCCAGUCGGUCUUGUCUUGGAUCUUUUAUUCUUCUUUCAAUUGCGCUGGUGCAGCAAUACAAUACCCCCAUACGCCCCUGAUACCCUCGCGCAUUCGGCUAUUCUUCUCUUACAUCGAAUGUCUCGCCCUGCAACCCUCGACUAGCAAACAAAUUACAACACACGCCCAAAAAGUAAACGACAAUGUCCAGCUUGUUCUCCCGCCUCAAGCACAAGGACAAGUCCAAGUCCAAGAAAAAGGGCGCCGACUUGGACUCCUUCGCCGAGCAACUGCCCAAGGGACCCCAAUGGACCGACGCCUGGACUCGCACAACCGUUGAACCCGAAGAGGUGGUUGAGCUGAUCACCCUCUCUACCGAGGAGCUCAAGUCGCGAGCUCUCGAUAUCCCAUUUUUACUGCUCCCCUUCCGACCGACCUCCGACCCCAGCGCCGUUCGCACCUUUGUGCGACACUUUUUCGACAAACAAAAUGGCGGCCCAGCGAUUCGCGGAGAGGCACUCCAGCAGGAGCUGCGCAUGACCGAGCCCAUGGUUAUUUCUGGUGUAAUCAAGUGGUGCUGGAGUCGAUUGCAAGGAGGUGUCGUCGGUUGGGAUUCAUACGAGUUGUUCAAGGUCGGCGAACAAGAUUCCAACAUGGCCAGAGACUCUUUCAAGACAUUUAUUCCCCUGAGCGUCGAUAACAGGGCCCGAACCGAAAUCAUCUUCCAAUUCUUCGAUUUACUCUCGGCCGUUGCAGCACAUGGUAAAAUGAACGGUUUCGGAGGCCGAAAGCUCUCCCGCAUGGCGGCAUGGUGGGCAUUUGAACACGACGACGGUGGUCAGGGCUUUGAAGGAGGUUACAAAUCGUGGCUAAAGGCGGCUGAUGCGACGAGUCAUCUGUUCUUCGCCUAUCUCCGUUGUUUAGCCCCCCUUCCGACUCUAGGCGCCAUCUCGACCCUCCCGUUGUCGCUACAAAAGCUUUUGCAGGAAACCGAAUACCCACCACAGCGACCGGCCUUGUUGCAAUCCUCUACCCACAGAGUUGCCAUGAUUGUCGAGACAGUAUCACCUACGCCAUUUGCCCUUCUCCGACGAGCAAAUCACUUCCAGUAUCGCGAGGAGGAUAAGGCGUUAAGGGAAUAUUCCGAGUACGAUGACCCGGUUCAGGCCUUGACUGAGGAGUGUCGCAGAGUCCUUAGAGCGGUCUCUGCUGCGAAUCAGUCCCAGGCCGUUUCGAGCACAAAGCACUCGACUAGUCUUCGAGAUGCUUCGUGGUCAAGAUUCGAGGACAUGGGCUUCUCAGGCACAAUCGAGGAGGAUUCCACCGAUGAUGAAGCUACCUUGGCUGCUAAACGCGAAAAGGCCAUCAAAGCCCAGCUUGCAGCUAACGACGAUCUGGGAAGGCCUACAACACCUUCGUGGGCCGACUUCCUGUCUUCGGGAUUCGAAGACAAGAACCCCAGCUCGCACAACAUUCUGCUUCCGCCUGACAAGAUUCUGCCGCCCAUUGAGACAACUGUCCGCCAGAAGAGCUCUCAAUCUCAUAAGCCCAGGUUCGACGACGCUCUGGCGCCCGGUGAGCUUGCCAGCAUUACGAGAUUCGACCUCGAUGACGCUUUCUGGUGGGUAUGGAUGAGCAGUCUGGCGCCCGAGGAGACUCCUGGGAGGAAAGCGGCCUUUGGUCGUUGCGCAGUGAUUGAGACUCUUAUCCGCGCUGGGCGCUGGCUUGUCAUGGAGGAGAUUGUCAAAGGGGCUGCUCCUGAGGUCGUUGAGGGUGCCUAUAUCGCAGAGAAGAAGGGUCUCUUUAGCUGGACUCGCCGCAAUAAGAACCUCACCAGGAGGAAGUCGAUAUCCGGCAAGAAUGCUCUCGAAAAGCCUGACGGAAACCUAAAGGCAAGCCACACUACUGGUUCUAUUGGUGUCAGCAAGACAAGCAUUGGCCCGGAGCAGCAGGCCAAGAUUCAGGCCGCUGCCUACCAACUUCAAAUGCAGGAGAAGCAAAAGUCGCAACAACCUCAGACUGUCCAAAGACGUGGACGGAAUGACGCGGAAGUAAUGGCCGAGAAGACGAGUAGUGUCUUUACCCUUCAACCAAGCAUUCUGAACGCCGCAUCGCCAGCUGUCCAGUGGGCCAACAAGUACGACCAGGACCGUGACGCGAUUCGCGAGGCCUACUUGGCUGACUCGAACGCUGGCCGCGGUACUAACGACUCUUCUUAUGCUCCUAGCAAUGACUACAGCUCGAUGCUCGAUAAUUCCGAGAGUGCUCCUGAACUGCCACCGAAGUCGGCAGCUCAGAUGGCUGUCCAGUCCCCGAGGUCGGAUUCACAGCCAGAGCAUCCCAGAACGCCGAACACGGUCAACUCUGGAAAGAGACAGGCGCAGAUGACGGAGCAGGAGGUCCAUCCUGCAGAACGCCAUUCGAAUGCCAGCCGGGAGACUCCGCUCGCUACACCAACCAGGGAGUCUAAGAGCAUGGACCUGGUCCGCAAGAGCGGAGACUUCAUCCGUGAAAUGAUGGUCUCUCCAGAGCCCGUGGAUGACAAGAAGUCUAAGAAGCUUCACAAGGAGCACAAGACCACUGGAGGCGGUCUCAGAAAGCUGUUUGGUCGCGCUAAGAGGUCGUCAAAGAUUGCUGAUAACACGCCUGCUCAACUCAACGCCAUGCUUGCCGCGAACAACGAAAAGGCUCAGACUCGCAAGCCGGUCCCCGUACAGCCCAAGCCGGCUACCCCUGAGAAGCCUCCCAUGCAGCGUGAGGAAACUCAGUUUGUGACUCCCCGUGAGGAGAUCACUGACCCUCUGCCUGCCACUCCUGCCGCUGAGCCUGUCCAUGCCGAGCCUACCUACGAGCAGCCUCAGCAGGAUAUUGAGGAGACUUACCAGGUAGAUUCCACCGAAGUCACCCCGCCUCAGGAGCACGUCAACCAGUUCAACCAGGGUCCUCUGCUCGACCAACCCGCCUUCAUCCCCGAUGAAGAUUCUGCCUCGGACGAAGGCGUUGAGGAACAGCAAGCCGCUGCUGUCCGCGCCCCCGUUUCCGUUCCUGCUCCUACUCCCGUCCACAUUGCAGAGCAGAAGCCCAUGAGGAGGGAGCGCCCCAUCUCCCAGGUGACCGCCUCCGAGACCUCGAUCUCUUCCACCCCCAACAGCCCCGAGCCCGUCUCGCUCAGCCCGGCUAGCUCCAACCCCCAGGAUCGCUGGGCUCAGAUCCGCAAGAACGCCGCUGAGCGCGCUGCGCAAAGGUUGAAAGAGGAGAAGACGAAUGGCAAUGGACAGCCGCUUGAUGGCGCGAGGAGUCUCCAACCGCCGAGAGCGAGGAUUGAGUUGGAUGGGUAUAGCAGUACCGAAGAGACCAUCGAAUCCCGCGUAGCCCGCAUCAAGGCCCGCGUCGCCGAGUUGACCAACAACGCCGAGCAGAACGGCGGCGGCCCCCCUCCUCGUCGGAACAUCCCCGUCUACACUCGUCGCUAGUUGCGGCCUUUUCAGCAGUGCAUUGAUUGCAGCGGAGGUGCCGCAAGGGAUGAUGAUGACUACCUCUAUGACUGAAAAACAUUGAGCGUCGCUGGUU